AUGCUAAAACCCAACUUAGUGGAUCUGAGGACCCCCAGCCCCUCUCCUACACCCUCUGCAUCCUCAUCUUCUCUUCCCAGCCCCUCUCCUCCUUCAUCAGUGAGGACUCAGGCUAUGGCCUCUGUGAGGACUGCCUCCACCCCUCUAUCCUCUGUGAGGAGCUCCACCCCUUCUCUGUCUUCUGUGAAGACCACCAGUCCCUCUCCUCCGUCCUCUGAAGGAACAGCUAGGCCUUCUCCUCCCAGCACCUCUCCCGCUCCAUCCUUUGUGAUGACCCCCAGCCCAUCUCCAUCCUCUGAGGAGCCUGGAGGAGUCCAGCCAGCCAGUGGGGCCCCAGCUUCUUUCUGGCUGCCAGGUGAAUGGCCCAAGACCAUCCCUGUGCAGGACCAGAGGUGGAUUGCCAGCACUAUUUUCCACGCUGGCAAGCUGCGGCCAGAUUUGAAGCUGUGGUACGAGCCGCCUGUCCCAGCUCUCAUUUAUCACCAGACACCUACACCUGACCGGUUCUUCACCCAUCGGUUGAUGGUGUGGAUGCCCUACCACCUGUGGAAGGUGAAUGUUUUCUGUCCAGCUUGUGGCAAGAACCUGACAGGCUAUGGUGUCCAUAAAAGAGCACGGAAGGUUCUGGACAUCGAUAGGUACUAUGUCAUGGUGACAGAGACACUCAGGUGCACUGUGUGUUCUCUGAACUAUCUGUCCACUAGCCAGACUGUCCGGGACCAGCUUGACCUGCCGCACCAGAAAAUGUUCCGGCUGAUCCUGACCCGCAAGUAUGCCUGUGACAUCCGUGUCAUUAGGCUGCUUCGGGACCGGACACUGGGCAACAGCCCAGCUCGUUUGGUGCGGCAGUUGAAAGAGAACCAUGGGGAGGAAUGGUUAAAUCGGUUGGCACACUAUCUUGGGGAGUGUGCUGACUUUGUCGAUCGACCCAGCCUUUCUCCGGUGGUCUGCCAGGAGCCUCCAGAGCCAAUUGAGAUCCCCACCAGUCGUUGGCUGCUCUCAGUGUACGGCAGGGAUAUCCUCUCCAGAAUUGGACACAUAAAGGCCAGCAUCACAUCCAUCUAUGGCAAAAUCUUAAAGAUGGAUUCCACAAAAAAGAUCACAAAGAAGCUGGCUGGCCAUGGACGGGGGACAGCACUCUGGUUAACCUCCAUUGGAAAUGAGGUUGGCCAGAUAGUGACCAGUGUGCUGUCAGUGCAAGAAGGGCCGGGACUGGACAGGAUGGUGACCGGUGUAAUGGAGCGGUACCGCCAGGCUGCCAUUCCACCACCGGUGCUGCUUUAUGUGGACUGUGGCUGCUGUGUGAGUGAGGGAGCAACAAGCAAGCUGCAGACCAGGUUCGGCAAGUGGCCAGACCUUCAGAUACGUCUGGACAUCUGGCACUUCAUGAGGAGGAUGGCCGUGGGCUGCACCACCGAUGCCCAUCCCCUCUACCCCACCUUCAUGGGAUGCCUGUCUGCCUGCAUCUUUGAGUGGGAUGCUGAAGACCUCAGCCUGUUGCGGCAGGCAAAGAAAAAACAGCUGAUGCAGGAGGGUGUGCCAGCUCUGACUGACAACCUGGUGGACAGGAGCAUCAGUAAAAAGGAGCUAAGUCUUUACUGCCGCAGGAGGACACGAGGUGAGGAGGCCACCAUCCAACUCAUUGAGAGACUGCUGCAGGAGCUGGGUGGUGCAAAUGGGAGGGACCUUAUGGGUGUCCCACUGCUGGAAGAGGUGCGCAUGGAGCACAUCUGGCGUGUGCAGAAACGCCAUGUCAAGUGCAUCCAGGAUGUGCCGGGUGUGCCUCUAUACACUGAGGUAGGCACCACCACAAAGGCAGGGGUCACCCUGACUAGAUAUCGGUGUGCCAGAGGGUCCACAUCCCUGGAGUCUUUUCACUGCCACCUAAACAGGUUCAUUCCAGGAACCAGUGCAAAUGCACUGAAUUUCCAGCUUUACCUGCUAGAAGGCUUGAAUAGGUGGAAUCAGGAUCGGGCGGCUGCAUCAGUGACCAGCAAACCAGCAUCCCUUCUCACCUACUCCGGGGAUAUGGCCCACUGCGUCAACACCAACAGCCUGAAGGUGUUUGGUCGGCCUUUUGUGCCAACUUUCAGGCCACCUGCUGAAUACACUGGAGAGCUGCUUGGUGUUGACUACCUGCUGAGUCAGACCGGACAGCCCCUGGUGGUGGACCCUGACUCAGAAGAGACAGAGAACAUGCUGGAGGAUUCUUACCGAUGA